AUUCUGCGCAGGUCUGACCCUGAACUUUGGACAAACAGACUCUGGAGCUGUUAUUAACUAUGGAGAGGAAGCAAAGAAGGGGUAUCCUGGAGCGCCUGGAUGCUGGAGAGGUGGUUGUUGGCGAUGGAGGUUAUGUGAUGCAGCUGGAGAGACGUGGCUACGUGAAGGCAGGACACUGGACACCUGAGGCUGCUGUUGAACAUCCUGAAGCAGUGCGGCAGCUGCACAGGGAGUUCCUGAGGGCCGGAGCUAAUGUGCUUCAGACGUUCACCUUCUACUGCAGUGAGGAUAAGCUGGAGAUCAGCGGCAACGUCACUAACAUCACUGGUGCCCAGAUCAAUGAAGCCGCCUGUGUCCUGGCCAGGGAGGUAGCCAAUGAGGGUGAUGCAUUGGUCACUGGGUGCGUCUCUAUGACUCCAUGUUAUGCAGAUAGUCACAGUGAGACUAAGGUUAAGGCCAUCUUUAAGAAGCAGAUGGACGACUUCCUCAAAAAGGACAUUGAUUUCUUUAUCGUGGAGUUUGUCGAUCAUGUGGAAGAGGCAGGCUGGGCAGUGGAAGUGCUGAAGACCAGUGGUAAACCGGUGGGUGCAACGCUGUGCAUCUCCCCUCAUGGAGACAUGGAUGGAGUCCCACCUGGAGAGUGCGCUGUCAGGCUGGUCAAAGCUGGAGCUGACAUUGUUGGCGUAAACUGCCACUUGGAUCCUCUGACGUGCAUUCGUACAGUAAAGUUGAUGAAAGAAGGAUUACAGAAAGCUGGUCUCAAAGCCCAUCUCAUGAUCCAGCCACUGGGCUUCCACACCCCUGAGUGCAACUUAGGGGGAUACACUAGCCUGCCUGAAUACCCCUUCGCAUUGGAGACCAGAGCAAUUACCCGCUGGGACAUCCAUAAAUACACCAGAGAGGCUUACAAUGCUGGAAUUCGCUACAUUGGUGGCUGCUGUGGAUUUGAGCCUUACCAUAUCAGAGCUAUAGCAGAGGAGCUGGCUGCAGAGAGAGGAUUCCUCCCACCAGCUUCAGAGAAGCAUGGACUCUGGGGAGCUGCUCUGGAGAUGCACACUAAACCCUGGGUCAGAGCCAGGGCUCGUCGAGAGUACUGGGAAAACCUUUUGCCUGCUUCUGGACGUCCCAAAUGCCCUUCCAUGGCCACACCGGCCGAUGGUUAUGAAACAGCUGGAAUCUAACAUCCUGUCAUGAUCUCCUGUAUGAACCGUACAGCUUCCUUUCUGAUCAAUCAAAGCUUUGUUUACACUGAGAAUCAUUAGAUGCUUCAUCCUGUUUCAAAACUCAACAAUUCAAACUCAUUAUUUGUCUGUCUAGUUGGCUGACUCAUGUUAUACAUACCAUGGUAGUUCAGUCAUUAGUGAAUCAACUGAUUGUGUAACUGUCAUAAAAAUCAGGGUUACGCAGCUAGUUAGAUGUUUUAACUUAUACGAUGUUUGUUCUUAUAUUACAUGUCCUGAGGGCACUUCCCUUUAUU